AUGACUUCUAAUUAAUAAUAAAACUUAUAAAUAGUUUCUUCAUCAAACAAUUUUUAUUGUACAUAAUGUCUUAUAUCCUUUUAAAAUGAUAAAGAAUAUAAAACACAUUAUAAAUCUGAAUUUCAUUAAUAUAAUAUUAAAAGAAGGCUUUUAGAUUUGAUUCCUGCAACUUUAGAAUAAUUUGAUUAAAAGAAAAAAUAAAUUCAUGAAUAAACAAUUUAAAAGACAAAUGAUAAAAACAAAUAAAAAGAAGAUCUUUUUUGCAAUAGUUGCAGAAAAUCUUUUUCUAAUGAAAAUAGCUAUAAAGCUCAUUUACAAUCAAAUAAACAUAAGGAGAACUCAAAAAAUAAUGAAAGCCCUGAAAAAUAAAUAUAAAAAAGUCCUAAAAAAUAAGCUUUAAAUACUUUAUAAGAUUAAAAAAUAUGCCUUUUUUGCGAUAAAAAGAAUGAAGACAUAGAAAAGUAAAAAAAAUAAAAAAAUAUGUAUACUUUAUUUAUAAAAAUCAAUAGAAAUUUAGAACAUAUGAGUAAAACACAUGGCUUUUUUAUAUGUGAAUAAAAAUAUUGUAUUGAUGUUACCGGACUUUUAAAACAUUUAGGAGAAAAAAUAAAUAAAGCAUUUUUAUGUAUUUUAUGUGAAAAUAAAAGUUGUAAGGAUUUCCAAAGUGGUGAAUCUGUAAAAAAACAUAUGACUGAUAAAGGACAUUGCUUCAUGCAAAGUGAAGUUUUUGAAGAAUAUGAGAAUUAUUACGAUUUUACUGAAUAAAUUUAAGAAACAAUUAAAUAUUAAGAAAGCUUAUUCAAAAAUACUGCUUAAUCUACUAAAACUAUUGAAUAUGAAAAUGAAAAAAAAGAAAAAAAAAAAAUUAGAAUUUAAAAAAUUAAGUAAAAAAAAAUAAAAAAAAAAUAUUAAUUAUAUAAUUAUAUGAAAAGAAUACACAAAGCAAUUGUUAAUGAAAUUGGAGAAUUGGAACUUCCAAACGGAAAAAUAUUAGGACACAGAUCGCUUAGAUAUAUAUAUAAACAAUAUUAUAGACCAAUUUAUAACUGUAAAACUAAACUUAAAAGUAUUUUCGGCGAAAAUUAAUAAUCUUUAACAAAGUUUAUGAAUUAUAUCUCGCAAAGUGUAAUUAAAAAAUAAAUAUAUAGUAUACAUAUUUUUAUUAUUUAUUUUAUAAAUUUAUUCUUAAGUAUUAACAUUAAUAAUUACCUGUUUAAUUCCAAAGAUAACAAAAAAAAAUAAUCAUAGACUAGCUGUUUAACACGUCAAGUAUUAUUUUUUUAUUUUUAUUUUUAUGACUUUAUUUUUAGUUUAGGAAUAAAAGCAAAUAGCCUAUAGACAUAUUUUAGAUAUUAGAAUCCUAAAUGA